AUGUUAACCAGCACCGUUUUCAAACCCUCUGUUCUAAAAGGCCCCGGCAUGAUGCUGGCCCGUCGUGCCUACCACCCUCGUGUUAUCGAACACUACACUCGUCCAAGGAAUGUGGGCUCGCUGGACCGCCAUAGCCCUUCUGUCGGUACCGGUCUUGUUGGGGCCCCGGCUUGCGGUGAUGUCAUGCGUCUGCAAAUCCAGGUCGAUGACCGCACGGGUGUCAUCGAGAAUGUCAAAUUCAAAACGUUCGGCUGCGGCAGUGCCAUUGCGUCCUCGUCCUAUGUCACAGAGCUGGUCAAGGGCAAACGUCUCGACGAGGCGGCCAGGAUCAAGAACACAGAGAUAGCCGCCCACCUAAGUUUGCCUCCGGUCAAGCUGCAUUGUUCUAUGCUUGCGGAGGACGCUAUCAAGGCUGCGAUUGCCGACUACCGUGCCAAGCGUGCUGCCACUGUGCUGAAAUAG